UUCUUAGCUUGAAGUGGUAAUCACACUGCAAACCCCCACCAAACACCAAAACACCCUAAAUCAAAAUUCAAUGCAACUUUACUUUACUGAUUUCUAGGGUUUUAUUUUCCACAGCAUUUCCAUAAUAAUGAAGCUUGAAGAAACCUCUUUGACUAACUAUCUCUUGAUCAAUCUUGCACCCUUGACAAAGGCUGAUCCUGCGAUUCUUGCAAAAUAUGUGACUGCAUUUUUAAAGAAGGAGAAACCUAUGGAGGAGCUAAAGAAAUUUUGUGCUGAGAAUCUGGUGGAUUUUCUGGGAAAUGGCACAGAGUUAUUUGUCUCGAACUUGUUCAAAGCCAUAGAUAAAGGUUCAGUUGUCACGUUACCUGAAAAAUCGGAUGUUAUUGAGCAAGUUGGUGUAUAUCCUUGUCUUUCUACAAAGGAUCUGCCCCAAGCGCCCAGACUGAGAAUUGCAUCUAGGAAGAGAGGUUGUUCCUCUUCUGAUCACAAUUUAGAGAAACAAGGUUGUGAGGAUGCUGAUUGCAAACUCAAGCAUUGUAGAGAAGAGACCCAUUUACAGUCUAAAGAAGCUCGUGAGGCUGUUGAUCGCAAACUUAAGCACUGGAGGGAAGAGACCCGUUCUCAGUAUGAAAAAGCUCGGGAAAACGAUGCUCGAAUACUUAAGCAUUCUAGGGAGGAUACUCAUUAUCAAUCUAAAGAAGCUCCCAAGGAUGAUGACCGCAAACGUAAGCAUAGUAGGAGAGAGACCCAUCCUCAGUCUAAAGAAGCUCUCAAGGAUGAUGAACGCAGACCUAAGUGUAGCAGGAGAGAGACCCAUUCUCAGUCUAAGCGAGUUCGCAAGGGUCGCAAACGUCUGCGUCGUCGUAGGAGGGAGACCAGUCUUUGGAGAAAGAUGUGGCAGGGCAGUAUCUUCAGAGGCCUCCUAGUAGAGUUCGAAGUGAAAUUUUUAAAAAUGGGAAGAGGUUAUUGGGUAGUGAUCCUCCAUCAAGUGACAAUCUAAAAACGGAUGACUCUGGCUCAUCAAGAAAAAACACAGAGAUCAAUGCGAAGCUUCCUAACCCUGCUUCAUCAAGUGAAAGUCUAAAAGAAGAUAACGCUGCUUCUUCAAAAAAAUCGACAGAGAUCAAUGGAGAGCAUCCUAGCCCUGCUUCAACCUCUAACAGUUCUUGGGAUUUAGAGAUGCAGAGCAGAGUGAGCCCACCACCACCCUAUGCUGAUCCUGGUGCUUGUAGUGAUUUUUCUAUGGGCCUAGGUUGUAAUCCGUUAGACAGAGGACUCGAAAAGACUCCUGGAUACUGGAGCCAGCAUCAUUCAGUAUUUACUGAGUAUGUAUUUCAAGAAAGGGAGUUGCAAACACGUGGGAUGAUUCCAUGGAUGCCUAUUGAAAGACGGCAUCCUUUUCAUCCUAGCAGUUGGCAAAGAACUCAUGGACCGCCUAUAAAUCAAGGGAGGCCUACGGAUGCUUUCCAUCCUUUCAGUUGGCAAAGAACUCUAGGACCGCCUGUGAGUCACACACCGAGAAUUGGCAAUGGCAUGCCUCAUCAACGCUGUAGAGACUUCGAAGAACUUGGCUUUUGUCUCAAAGGAGAUGUAUGCCCAAUAGAUCAUGGUGUAGAUCGAAUUAUUGUGGAAGAUAUUCAGAGCCUUUCACAGCUCAAUCUCCCUGUUUCACUUUCAAGAGCAAACUUCACGGGAACAAGAGCUAGAACAGCGCAUUUGAAUUCAGAAUGUCCACCUUCAGGUCUUUCAGCACACAGUAACCUUAUUCACAGUAAUACUAGUAGGCCUUUGAUGACUGCAAAUAGGUCAGGAUUGCCCAAAUUACCGUCUACGUCUACAGGUGCAAGUGCAGUUGACUUAUAUGAUCCUGAUCAGCCUCCUUGGAACAUUGCCUGUGGUGAAUCAUCUAAUGCAUUAAUAGUAAAACACACUUCACACCAGAAAACUUUACGCACUCUAUAUGUCAGCCACAUUCCCCCAAAAGAGAACAAGAUAGAACCCCUUCUUUCCCAUUUUCAGAAAUUUGGAGUGGUAGAUGACAUUUUUAUAACAACUGAUAGAAAAAAAGCCUACAUCCAGUUUUCAAAGAGAGAAUCCGCAGAAGCUGCAAUAAGUUCACCUGAUGCUGUGCUGGGUAACCGCUUCAUCCGGUUAUCAUGGGCUUACAAGGAUAGACUUCUUGAACUUGAUGAAAGCAGUUCCAGUACUCCCCAUUUAUCGCCGCAGACAUCUCUUGCCAGUAGACGAGAAGAAGACCUUUCGUUUGAACUCCAAGAGGUUAAUGCUGCACCUGUAGCUGAUAAUCACAAUCUCGCAUCUUCUUCCCAAAAGAAGAUAGGAAGCUCGGAAAUUUUUAUUGAGGAGCCUCGACUAAAGCAGGAGCUGAUCGACGAAAACCAGAGUGACCUCAAACCUGAGGAGCAAGUUUUAUCAGUAAAGACUCAAGAAAAUACUGAAAAAGCUGUUGAGAAACAUGAAGUGGGAAGAGUAACUAAGGGUGCAACCAAAAUCCCCACCAAUCUUGUUGAUUCUGGGUACCCGCAAGGGAAUAUGAAAACAUUGGACAAUCCAAAACUCACAGAUCUUUCAGAUGCAGCAUUUCUGGCCGAGGCUGUAGUACCACCUGGGUUGUCUUCGCCACCAUCAAGCAUCAUAAGAUUGGCAUGUAAUGUGGCGUCUCAGGCAACAAUUUCCACAGAUACGGAGAAGCUGGUUGCACAGAGGAACAUUAAUGAGAAUUGCCAGAACCUCAAUAUUGUAUAGUGAUGAUUGGCAGAGGCUCAAUAAUUUUAAUGCUACUCCGAGAACAGUCUACUACUACUAUGAGCCCAAUAUAGGCGACAACAAUAUGGAUAUCCUUAGUUAUAAUGCACCAAAUCAAUUCUCUAGAAUAUAAAGCCUGACGUGAUUAUUACUGGCUAAAUGCCUUUUUGGAUGAAUCAUUAUAAAAAAAAAAUAUAUAUAUAUAUAUAUUCGCACAACUUUUGGCAGCAUAUUUUCGAGCUUGUUGUAUGCUAUUAUUCAGCCUACAUAUGACCUAUCAAGAUAACCUACCUAUGUGGUAACUUAAGUGUACAGUAUCAUCUUUUUUUUUGGUUAAAGUGUGUUGUCAAAAAGGGAGAAAGU